AUGUCUGAGAUUGCGAACAACGAGGUUGAAGUCAUAGACUUGACCGGUCUGUCAGAUUCUUCGGAAUCCGAUAGAGGCGAUGAUAUUGAAGGGGGAGUUACGGAAAAGGAGGAAAGCGACACUGAAUCCAGCUCUGACGCGUCCGAGAUAGAAAUCACAUUGAACGAAGAGACAAGGGCCCAACUGCAGACUGCGAUUGCCACUGUGUCAGAGAGGCGUCUUCGGCAGCUAUUGAAGCUUUUGGUUGAGUCGGACGUCAUGAUUGAAGCUACACUUACCAGAGAGCUCGUCACGCUGAGGAGAGGAACACAGGAUGUGGUGCCACGUUGGGAGACUUGCGCUCAUUGCGAUGCCGAGUUUGAUAUCAAUACUUUACGAGAAGAUGGCGAAUGUGUGUUCCAUCCAGGUGAACUCGUCGUUUCUGAAGUAGGCUCUGCAGACUGGGAUACCGAUUGCCAUGGGCCGAUCGAUACCCUUGAGAAUCGAAGAAAAUUCCCUGAAAAUUUCACCUGGACUUGUUGUCAAGCAAAUGGAUCCGAAUAUGGUUGUUUGCAUGACCGCCACAAGCCUUUGGUCACCAGGAAGAGGAAGCGCAUUGAGGAUUGA